AUGGCAAAGAGGGACUUGCAAUUAAUUGAAUCAUUUAUCAUCUUCAUAACAUUCUGGUCAGAUUUGGGUCUGGAGGAGGAGAGUUCAGAGUUCAUCUGCAGGAACACCUUUGACCACCCCUACCCCACCACCAAGAUCAUGUGGAUCCCGGACAGCAAGGGUGUUUACCCAGACCUGCUUGCCACUAGCGGGGACUACCUGCGCAUCUGGAGGGUCAGUGAAACAGAGACGCGCUUGGAAUGCUUGCUGAAUAACAACAAGAAUUCUGACUUCUGUGCCCCACUCACCUCGUUUGACUGGAAUGAAGUGGAUCCUAAUCUGCUGGGCACCUCCAGCAUUGACACCACUUGUACUAUCUGGGGGUUGGAGACUGGCCAAGUGCUGGGCAGAGUCAACCUCGUAUCCGGCCACGUCAAGACCCAGCUCAUUGCUCAUGACAAAGAGGUGUAUGACAUCGCGUUCAGCCGCGCAGGCGGUGGUCGGGACAUGUUUGCGUCGGUCGGGGCGGACGGCUCAGUACGCAUGUUUGACCUGCGGCACCUGGAACACAGCACCAUCAUCUAUGAAGAUCCCCAGCACCACCCCCUACUGCGCCUCUGCUGGAACAAACAGGACCCCAACUACCUGGCCACCAUGGCUAUGGACGGCAUGGAGGUUGUGAUUCUGGACGUGCGUGUUCCCUGCACGCCGGUGGCCCGCCUCAACAACCACCGGGCCUGUGUCAACGGCAUCGCCUGGGCUCCCCACUCCUCCUGUCACAUCUGCACUGCAGGUAAGGCACAAACGGCUUCUUCACCAUUCACCUUUCCUCAGACCCCAUUCUAAGUCUUCUCACCUUCUCCCUUC